GAAAUUCAAAACGAGGCCAGAAUGUCUUGAGAGUUUAGAAACAGUCUCCGCUCCAGAAAACUGCCAUGAUGAAACUAUAGAAGACCGAAAGAGAACAGAUCAAAGGUCUUCAACUUUCGAAAAUUCAGAAACCUCAGGAACAGUUCAGAUGGCAGAUACAAACAGAAAUAGCCAAUUACCUCUUUGAAACAAACAACAGCCCCACCAAGUACAUACGGUAUAGACCAGGACAAUCUAUAUGCAACAAUACUGUAUACUAGAGACUGGAACAAAAACAAUUUAGGAAAGACUAUACUAAUCCAGCAAUAAACAACAAAUACUUACUCGAGUCUCUAGCUUACAGAGAAAGCUUUGGACCAAAGUAAACAAAUACAAUGACAAACUUAUGAACAAUAUAAAAUAUAAAGGUUCAAUCAAAUCGCAGAGAAGAUCCAAGGAACAACAGAUUAUGAUCAACUUGAAAGGAUGGAUACAAUGCAACAAUGGGCAAUACCAAGUCUAAAGUAAAGCAUCCAUCAGUGUUACAUGAAGCUGUAAGCAAUGGUCACUUUGGCACUGUCAAACACCUAUUAGCACACAAACUACCAGUAGAUGUGAAGGAUGAACAGGGAACUGUUCCACUACAUAUUGCCAGUGAACUUGGACAUUAUGCCAUAAUGCGCCUACUUUUAGAGGAAUGGGCCAAUGUGAAUGUACAAGAUGACUCCAAACACAGUGCCUUGCAUCUGGCAGCUCACAAUGGCCACAUAGAAUGCAUGAAACUUCUCAUCGCCCAUCGUGCCAAUCUAAACCUACGGGACACAUGGGACCGGACCCCAUUACACAAAGCCAUCAUAAACAACCAAAUUAAAGCUGCCAAGUAUUUACUAACAUUCAAACAAUGUAGCGUGAAUAUCCCUGAUGAGAUCAAACGAAUGGUGCUCCACACGGCAGCCAGUUAUGGCCAGUGUGAUCUGGUGGCUGAGAUAAUAGCGCAUGGAGGGAUUAUCGACUGGCAGGAUAUCAAAGGAAGGACUGCCCUAUAUUUGGCAGUCCUUGUGGAUCAUAUUGAGGUUGUGAAGUUGUUGAUUGAUUCUGGAGCCAAUGUUGAGCUGUCAAACACCUCAAAUGUGUCUCCAUUGAUAUUAGCAGCGCAGAAAGGUUUCUUAGAGUGUGUAAGAUUGCUGUUAGAUGCAGGUGCUAAGACGAGACAUUCCCCAGAAUUCGCCUAUCCUCUUAACUCUGCCAUGUUGAGGGCUUGCUCAAAGAAGGACACAAAUAAAUGUUUAGCGUAUAUGGAAAUAUGUCGUCUGAUAAUCCAAUCAGACGGUGAGCCACCGCCAAACCAGACUUUUUACGUCGCAUAUCGCUGGGUCCAACAAGAACAAGAAAACGAGGUAGUUUUACACGAAAUGCUGGAUGUCAUCCAUUUGAUGUUUUUAGCUGGCAUGACAACGGAUUUCACAACAUUGACGAUGGAUUCGAGACAUGAUAACUUGAUUAACGAAUGGCGAGCUAAAUAUCUUGCGAGAUGUUUAAGUCUGAAAGAUGUAUCACGUCGUGCCCUAAGGAGCCAUUUACAGGGUAUUUACCCAAAUUUGAUAUAUGCUGUUGGUCGCCUUAACCUCCCAAGAAGGAUCAAAGAAAUGAUUUUGCUCAAAGAUUAAGUAUUUAUAGCUGAUAAUGAAAUGAGAGUCCUGCUUCAAAAUAAAGAAUAAAAUACACAGGCAUGUAGUAAACACUCCAAAUUGUAUAGAAAUACCAAUAAAUCAGAUACUUCAUUCAAAUUUUAGAG